AUGCGCUUGAUUGUUAAUUCUCUGUGCAGUUGUUUCUUUCAAAGUUCGUUCAUUGUUAUUUUUUCGCCAUUAAUCUUUAAUCUUACAGUUCUUGCUGGUGCCCUUCUCGAAGAAGCUGAACGUUUGCUGGACCGUGGAAUUCAUCCGACGAAAAUUGCCGAUGGAUUUGACCUUGCUUGCAAAAAGGCGCUGCAAACUCUGGACAAGAUCGCUGACAAGUUUCCCGUCGCCAACAGGGAACGCCUCGUGGAGACCGCACAGACGUCGUUGAGAAGCAAGAUCGUGAAUCGAUGCAUCCGGCAGUUUGCCGAAAUUGCCGUCGAUGCGGUGCUAUCAGUGGCCGAUCUCGAGACUCAUGACGUGAAUUUCGAGUUAAUCAAAGUGGAAGGAAAGGUUGGCGGACAUCUUGAGGACACUGUGCUUGUGAAGGGAAUUGUUAUUGAUAAAACGAUGUCGCAUCCUCAGAUGCCAAAGGAGUUGAAAAACGUCAAGGUCGCUAUACUCACAUGCCCGUUCGAACCUCCCAAGCCAAAAACUAAACAUAAGCUUGACAUUUCUUCAGCUGAAGAUUUCAAAGCUCUGCGUCAGUAUGAAAAGGAAACUUUUGAAACUAUGAUUAAGCAGGUCAAAGAUAGUGGUGCAACACUGGCCAUUUGUCAAUGGGGUUUUGAUGAUGAGGCGAACCAUCUUCUACAUCAUCAUCAGCUUCCCGCUGUUCGGUGGGUUGGAGGACCAGAAAUUGAACUGCUAGCCAUAGCAACCAAUGGGCGCAUCGUACCCAGAUUCUCGGAGCUUGCUCCUGCUAAGCUUGGCUCAGCUGGUCUUGUUCGCGAAAUCACAUUUGGAACUGCUCGGGAUCGUAUGCUUUCCAUUGAAGAAUGUCCCAAUAGCAAGGCUGUAACUGUAUUCGUCCGAGGAGGGAAUAAAAUGAUUAUUGAUGAGGCCAAGCGUUCUUUGCACGAUGCAUUGUGCGCUAUUCGCAAUUUGGUUCGAGAUGACCGUAUCGUUUAUGGAGGAGGGUCCGCUGAAACGGCAUGUGCUAUUGAAGUUGCCAAAGAAGCUGACACGAUUGAAGGCGUCGAGCAAUAUGCAUUCCGAGCAUUUGCGGAUGCCUUGGAAACCAUACCAAUGGCAUUGGCUGAGAACAGUGGUCUAGCUGCUAUUGAUUCACUUACCGAUCUAAAGGCAAAGCAAAUCGAAACUGGUAAACCUUAUCUUGGGAUUGAUGCCAUGUUUAACGGUACCAACGACAUGAAGGAGCAAAAAGUCAUUGAGACUCUCGUAUCGAAGAGAGAACAAAUCUCUUUGGCUACUCAGGUCGUUCGUAUGAUCUUAAAAAUCGAUGAUGUAAGAGUUCCAGACGACGAACAACAGAGUCACUAA